AUGCAGGCAGUGUCAAUCAAUUCGACGCAACCGCUAGAGGGGCCCUCUUACAUUGGCCAACCAGCAAUCCUGAAGUUGAUGAGACCAAGGUUCUCCUAUGAGCCCAAAUCCCAAGGCUACCACCGCGAUGCUGGAAAUACCCGCUCCGAGGACUACUCCGGUCCGUUAGGCUUCAAUCCCGUGGUGGAAACGUUUGCAAUGCCACCCCCAGCACCAGUUUUCUGGAGCCAGCAAGGGCAGGUCACUGGCGCGCUCCUUUGUCGAGAAAACACAUCCUGCAUUGCAGCUCUAAACCCAGACACAUAUCAGAUCGAGGCAACAUAUCCCGGUGCCGAUGAUGGCGACGUCUUUGACAUGGUUUCGAUGGUGUAUAUGCAAAUCCUUGACAACCAUGUCAUCGUCCCGACAUCCGAGAGACACCUGGUGGAUAUCGAGCGCAUUGACGAUAAUUCGACACCAUACUUUGUCAAACGGCGCGACAUUGACGUGACGAGCGUGGUAGAGGAUGGCACUAGGAUCGUCGGUAUUGCAUACGAUGCCAAUGGCAAUUUGUGGUUUUGUACGGGAGGCUUCCCUGGUGUCGGGCUUCCCGCUGCCGAUAUCGCUGUGAUUGGCUACGUCGAUCCAAUGGACAAUAUUCAUUCCAUCCAGCUGCCAGGCACGGCGGUAGAGAAUAAUUUUGCCGUCAGUGGGACGAAUGUUUACCUUGUGACGGGACCGGCUGGAGCCAGGGACACUGUGAACGCAACCGCAAACUUUUACGGCUUCAGACCUGGCCCAAACGGCGUGGAAAUCGUGGCGACCGUGCCUUACCAGGCGGGAGACGGAAUUAAGAAGGGCGGUGUAUCUCGUGGCUCUGGUAGUACACCCUCUCUACUGGGGGAUAAGUACGUCGCUUUCACAGAUAAUGCGAACGAGCAGGUCAACCUCAUUGUCGUUACCCAAAUGGUGAACGGCACCGGCGGAGGUGACCCAAUCUGCACCGUGCCGCUGUUCGAACCUGGUCAAAGCGCAAACGAGAACACCAUGGUGGUUCACUGGGACGGAGGCUCCACGUACAGUGCAGUCGUUGCGAACUUUUUUGAUGCAGUGCCCAUAUACUUGAAUGGGGGUGACCCUUUCGGCAAUGGUUCAAUUGACGUUGAAACAAUCAACGAAGAAUACAACAACAUAACUCAGAUGGCACCAGGUCUCACUCGGAUCGACGUGGACGACGAGACCAAGUCUUGUAGCGUUGUGUGGUUCAAUAAGGAGAUCAGGGGUACGAUCUCACCCAUUCUAUCCACAAAGACCGGCUUGCUAUACAUGGCCACUCAGGAAAAUGAACUUGCUCAUCAAGGUUCAUAUGUUCAGUACGGAACCGGCAUUGAUUUUGACACUGGUAAGGAAGUAUUCAAAGUUCGGAUGGGGGCAGGAGGAUCUUUCAACUACAACUACCAGUCUCCGGUUUUGACCCCUGAUGGGGGCUACGGCCAAUUCGUCAUCGGGGGCUUCGUCAAGAUGAAGGAUCAGAAUUGA